AUGAACGAUGUGAGGUUCUUUGAUGCCUGGGACUACAAGCGCGGCGAGUACACGAGUAAAGUGGCCUACCACUGGUCCGGAGGCACUCUACCAUGGGGAAAGGCAGAGAAAGCCUGGGAUCCAGUUGUCUUGUACAGAAAGCUGCUCUCUGAAUCAGAAGACGGAAGCGUGACGAUUGCUUCCAUCGGCUUCCUCGAUAAUCUGUCUGGACUUCUCGAUUCCAAACCCGAUGAGUACUCUCAGCUUGACGGUCGCGAGCUUGCCAGGACUAAAGUGGCAGAGCUCGUCGUCAUGGGUGGCAAGUAUCCGAAAGGUCGUAGCUGGAACUUCUGGGGCUCCAAGCCUGCCCUUGCCGCCCAUGUGUUAGACACAUGGGUCGGUCCAAUAACGUUUGUAGGCACUACUGUCGGCAGAGAUGUACUGGUAGGCGGACCGCUCAUAGCGAGUGAUCUGGAGGACGACCCAGUCCGAAUGGCUUACAUCUACUAUGGUUUCGGGAAGCCGCUACCUAGUUGGGAUCCACUUACUAUCAUGUAUGCUGCGAACGGCCUUGGAGACAUGUUCGACAUUGCAGAAGACCGUGGCUACAACAAGAUCAACCCUGAAGACGGUAUGAACGAAUGGAUAAAUGAUGGAGUAUCGAGGGGGCGGCGGACUCUGAAACUGAAGGUCAGCAAUGAAACUGCUGCGGCUGAGCUGGACCGUCUGUUUUUGGAUGCUGCGCGAAGAUACUCUAAGCACGGAGGCAACGCCUAG